AUGACUGAUCCUGCUUGGAAUGAAUUUAAGAAAUACCCACCAACAACACCAAAAGGACAUCCAGGCGCAGAAUGUAUUUAUUGUAAUCAUAAACUAUCAGGCCAAGCACAACGUCUUCGUGCACACUUAAAUUCUUGUCAAAAAUAUCUAACUUUUUUAAAUUUAAAUCAAAAUGAAUCUACAAUUUUUAAUUCUUUAUCUGUUACUAUUGCUCAUAAAAAAUUAAAUUUACCAAUAGAUCCUUUUUUGUCACGUCAAUUAAAUCUGAUUGAACAAAAAACAAUUGAUAAAAAAAUUGCUCGCGCAUUUUAUGCAUGUGGUAUUCCACAUACAUUAAUUGAAAAUAAGUUUUUUAUUGCAGCCUUAAAAUCACUUCGUCCUACCUAUAAUCUACCAUCCCGUUAUUUACUUGGCAAUAAUUUGUUAACAAACCUGAUUGUUUCUGAUAUUUUUAAAAAAUCUAAUUUUACUGAUGACGAAUUACAAUGGGCACAUAAUACAUUAGAAAUAGCAAGUAAAAUUGCUAAUUAUUUUAACUCUCAUCAAGUAUUAAAAGCACAUCUUCGUGAAACUCAAAAACAAGAAAUUAAUAAAACUAUUGCAUUAGUGAAUCCUGUAAAAACAAGAUGGGGAACUCAAUUAGCAGUACUUGAAAAAUUAUUAGAAUCAAAAAGCAGUAUUCAGCAAGAUCGCCAAAUUAGAAUUUUAAUUGCCAAUGAGGAUAAAUGGGAUAAUAUUUUAGUUUUAGCUGAAGUAUUACACCCAAUUGUAAAAUCUACUUUGUCUCUUGUUUAUAAAGAAAUGAAUGAUUUGAAAAAUUUAGAAUGCAACAUUGCAAUAUGGUCAUCAGAUGUUGAACAAGAAGUUGACGAUGAAGAAACUAAUUAUUUAUCCAGUGGUGAAGAAAUAAAUGAUUUUUGGGAUGAUUUUGAUGAACUUGCCAAUCUAGUUUAUGAUAGUGAAAUAGA